CUUCUCACCACAAACGACCUAAACACGUACAAUGGAUGACCCCGCAGCCGUGCCGCCGCCACUGCCGCCGCCGAAGAAGCGACGUCUGAGGAAUGCGUGUGACCGGUGUAGUAGGCAGAAAACUGAAGGCAACAGCGCGGAAAUGCCAGGUAGCAACAGUACAUUCGCAGUGCGAGCCUGACGAUGUCCCAGGGAACCAAUGUUCGAAUUGCAUAUCAUUUGGGGUAAACUGCACCCAUUCUCGAAUUCGGCUCAAGAAAAACGCGAGUCUUGAUAAUGCGGCACUUUCAGCACGGGACCACAUCUCUGCCAUCCUCUCUGGCUCGCAGGAUUACGUGUCUGCGGACCGCCUGGUUCUCUACAACGUUCUUGUCGCCGUCUGCCAGUAUGCUAAACGGCUGGAGGCAGUCGUCGCGGUUCCAUCCGAGGCGACGGCGGCCCCGCUGUCCGUCCCCCCGACCCGGACACCAAGCGAGAGCGACUCGGAUCCCGGCUCGGACGACUCGGACUCGGACUCAGACUCGGGUGGGCUGCUGAUCAACGCGAGCAUGUCCGAGCCGAUGAAGCUUCUCACGCGCGAAACGGGCAUCAACAGGUUCUUCGGCAGGUUCAGUGGCAUGACGUUCCUCAAGACUGUAGUGGCGGCCACUGGCGUCAACACCUCCGAAGCGGCGAUCCACCGGCCCCGGUUCUGGGGCAUCCAGCCUUGGGAGAUGACGCCAGAGAUCUUCAUGCCACAGUUCUUUCCCGAACCCGAUCUCCUCGCGUCCCUCGUAGAUCUCUUCUUCAGCCAAGUCAACACGAUCCUUUGCAUCCUGCACGAGCGCACGUUCCGCGACGCCCUGCGCCUCCAAGACCACUUUUGGGACCAGAAGUUCGGGACGCUGGUGCUGCUGGUGUGUGCGUUUGGUGCUAAAUUCUCGUGCGAUCCGCGGGUCUUUCCGGACGGCACCCCCGACUUGCUGAGCGCCGGGUGGAAGUGGUUCAACCAGGUCAAACCGGCGCUGUCCGCCUUCCUCACGACCGGCGCGUCGUCGCGCGCGCUGCAUGAUCUGCAGGUCGUUGCGCUGAGCGCGCUCUACGUCUCGAGCGGCUCGCGCCCAGAGGAGACCUGGAUGCUCGUUGGGCUCGGGCUCCGGAUGGCGGUCGACGUGGGCGCCCACCGGCGGAUCCGCUCGACGCACGACUCCCCCGCCGAGGCCGAGAUGUACAAGCGCGUCUUCUGGCUGCUCAUGAUCUGCGACGUCGAAACCCACGCGCUCCUCGGCCGGCCCCGCGUGUGGGACCUGAAGGAUUUUGAUGUUGAAUACCACGCGCCGUUCGCGGACGAACAUCCUCGGUUCGCGGCGUAUGGCCAGCUGAUGAUCAAGCUCAUGACGAUCUUCCGGAAAAUGCAGGAUAUGUUUUUGAUUUUGACUAGGAAAGAGCAGAGCAACCACCAGGAAAUGGUGGCUGAGCUGGACUCAGAUCUCAACCAGUGGCUCAGCUCCGUGCCUCUGGAUCUGAAAUGGAAUCCGGAAUGUCAGGAUCUGAUCCAGCUAAACCAGUCAGCGUCCCUGCAUAUGGCUUAUUACGUCCAGAUCGUCGUGCACCGGCACUUCAUCUCUUCCAAGUCACCCACAUCGAUCGCCUCACUCUCGAUCUGCGCGGCCGCCGCCCGCUCGUGCAGCCGCGUCGCGGAGGUGCAGCUACGGCGCGGCACCGGGCCGCUGUACAACCCCCAAAUGCUGUCCGCGCUGUACAACUCUGCCAUUGUGCUGGUCCUCAGCAACGCGCGCGAAGCGGAUCCGGACGUGCAGCGGUGCCUGGACGCGCUGGCCGCGUAUGAGCGGUCGUGGAUGAUCGCGGGUCGGGACGUCGACACGCUCCAUGCGCUGAUACUGGCCAAGGCGAACGCCCGGAAACCGGCGGCUUCUGGAUUGAAGCGGGGACGAGAAGAACUAGACGAAGCAGGAGAGGGAGGAGAGGGGGCUGUGGAUCCCGUGGGGUCGGCGUCUGACUUCGACUUCGAAGCGCAAAUCUCCUUUUUCGAGUCUUGGAUGUUCAACGGUCCGGCCGACCCCAACAUCUUGCAAGCCGACACGAUGAUGUCGUUCGAUCCUCAGCGUGGCUUCGGUGAUGCGAGCCUGGAUGUGGUCCAAGAUAUGAGUCAUUUGUGGAGUAGAGGCUCAUGAGAGUUGCUCUGGAGGGCAAAAAUUACUGUCACUACGGCAACUAUAGUAGGUUAGGGCUGGAUACAGCUUUAAUGAAAAGUUCAUGCGCUGGGAUGGAUUCAU